AUGGUGAAAUCACUUUUAGUGUCAGGUCUCUUUGCUGCGACGUCCCUGGCCGCGAGCCGCAUGACAGCUCCUGCCGGUGCGAUCGUCGUUGCCAAGUCUGAAGGUGAUUAUGACACGCUUGGCGCGGCCGUUAAUGCCCUGAACACCACCGAGACUGCGACGCAGACCAUCUUCAUCGAGGAGGGUACCUACGACGAACAGGUGUACAUCCCGUCGUUGGCUGGAAAGCUGAUCAUCUACGGUCAGACAGAGGACGACACCACCUACACUGGCAACCUUGUCAACAUCACCCAUAAUAUUAAGUUGGCUGACGUCGCUAAUGAUGACGAGACCGCUACCAUUCGCAACCACUCUCCCAACUCGUCCAUCUACAAUCUCAACAUUAUCAACUCUUGCGGCCAAGUCUGCCACCAAGCCUUGGCCGUGAGCGCCUACGGCAAUGGCCAGGGAUACUACGGAUGCCAGUUCACUGGAUACCAGGAUACCCUUCUCGCCCAGAGCGGAAAUCAGGUCUACGCCCACACCCUCAUCGAAGGUGCCGUUGACUUCAUUUUCGGCCAGCACGCCCGUGCCUGGUUCCAUGAUUGCGACAUUCGUGUCCUGAAGGGCCCCAGUUCUGGCUAUAUAACCGCCAACGGCCGCUCUUCUGAGACUGACUCGUCCUACUACGUGAUUCAUAAGUCCUCCGUCGCUGCCGCUGAUGGCAAUGAUGUCCCCUCGGGCACCUACUACCUCGGUCGCCCCUGGUCUCAGUAUGCCCGCGUUCUCUUCCAGAAGACUUCCAUGACUGAUGUGAUUAACUCUGCUGGUUGGUCUGAAUGGUCGACUACCCAAGCUAACACUGAGAAUGUUACCUUCGCUGAGUAUGGUAACACCGGCGCUGGAGCAAAGGGUACACGUGCUAGUUUCUCCGAGAAGCUGAGCGAGCCGGUUUCUAUCUCAACCAUUUUGGGCUCUGAUUGGACACAGUGGGUUGAUACUAGUUAUAUCAACUAA